CGAUCGCCAACGAAACACGACAGGGAGGUCACUAACACCGACAUAAGAAAAGAGAUCUUUCCGAAACUUUGCUUCGAGAAGACGUCGAUUUGAUUCCUCAAUUUCUUCGACAGCGGCGAAGCGGAUAAUCAUGUACUGCCGGUUGCUGGUUUGUCUGUGUGCCCUUGUGGCGUUGGCGUUUGCCGGUGAAGCCGACGUUCUGGAUUUGACCGAUAGCGACUUUGCCACCCGUGUUGCGGAAACAGAAACCACCCUUGUGAUGUUCUAUGCCCCAUGGUGUGGACACUGCAAAAAACUUAAGCCCGAAUAUGCAAAGGCGGCCGAACUGCUGCGUGGUGACGAUCCUCCGAUCGCGCUAGCCAAGGUCGAUUGUACUGAGGGUGGUAAGGAUACCUGUAACAAGUUCAGCGUCAGUGGCUAUCCCACACUGAAAGUGUUCAAAAAUGGCGAAGUGUCCCAGGAGUACAAUGGUCCGCGAGAGGCAAACGGUAUUGCAAAGUACAUGAAAUCCAUUGUUGGUCCCGCCUCGAAGGAUCUGUUGACGGUGGAAGCGUUUGAGGCAUUCCUGAAGGUACAGGAAACGUCCGUAGUUGGUUUCUUCCAGAAGGAGUCAGAUCUGAAGGGUGUCUUCCUGAAGUACGCCGACAGUCAACGGGAACGGCUACGGUUCGGACACAGCAGCGCGCCAGAAGUGUUGGAAAAGCAAAGCGAAACCGAUGCUGUGUAUCUUUUCCGUGCCCGUCAGCUGGCGAACAAAUUUGAGCCUGACUUUGUAAAGUUCGAAGGAACCACCAAGCAGGAGCUGACUGACUUCGUGAAGGCUAACUAUCACGGUUUGGCUGGAGUGCGCUCGCGUGACACUACGGCCGACUUCAAGAACCCGCUGGUGGUCGUGUACUACGCGGUGGAUUACGUAAAGAACCCGAAGGGCACGAACUACUGGCGCAACCGAGUACUGAAGGUGGCGAAGGAGUUUGCUGGCCGUGUUAACUUUGCCGUCAGCGCUAAGGAUGACUUCCAGCACGAGCUGAACGAGUACGGAUACGAUUACACCGGCGAUAAGCCCUUGGUGCUGGCCCGUGAUGCGAAGAACCAGAAGUUCAUUAUGAAGGACGAGUUCUCGGUAGACAACCUGCAGGCAUUCGCCACAGAGUUGGAGGAGGGCUCUCUGGAACCGUACGUCAAGUCGGAACCGGUGCCAGAAAACAACGAUGGACCGGUUAAGGUGGCCGUGGCUAAGAACUUCGACGAGGUGGUCGUAAACAAUGAUGCUGACACGCUGGUUGAGUUCUAUGCUCCGUGGUGUGGCCACUGUAAGAAGCUUGCCCCGACAUUGGAGGAGCUCGGCACCAAGCUGAAGGAUGAGGCUGUCUCGAUCGUGAAAAUGGAUGCCACCGCUAAUGAUGUGCCAUCUCACUUCGAGGUGCGUGGCUUCCCGACCCUGUACUGGUUGCCCAAGGACGCCAAGAGCAGCCCGGUCCGCUACGAAGGUGGUCGCGAGGUGGACGACUUCGUGAAGUACAUUGCCAAACAUGCGACGAGCGAGCUGAAGAGCUUCGACCGUGCCGGCAAUGCGAAGAAGACCGAACUGUAAUCUCUUACCUUUUCCGUUCAGAUCGGCAGCCAUCAAAAGGUGGUUUUCUACGUUUUCCUAUUAAGGCACUGUUCAGGCAUUCCAAAGGCUGCUGAUUUCAUCCGUUGUUUUUUUGUCAGAUCUAUCAAACACUCUUCAUUUUGUCCCCUUUCUUUUUUAUACGUGUGCUAGCGGAUUUGUAUUGGUUACCACACGUUUUCCUAAGAUUAAGCAUGUAGGAUCGAAAAACAAACAAGAACUACACCAAGUCGGUGAUACCGAGAACAAAAAGGAACGUCGUCCUCUCAGCCAACGGUUAUCGAAUACUAUGACUUAGGGUGAUACGGUAUCAACAGAACGAACAACAGCUUACAGCAGCAAGCAAUUACUGCUAUGGCACAUGGAUGCGAGGAUGCGCAAACUGCAUUUAGAACUGAACAAAAAUCUGUUUUCUAGAUUUAAUUUUUCUCUGGCUUAUCGUAGUACUUGAGCAUUCGAUUCGGGGCAAGCGAAAGGUAUAAAUAGAACACUACUGAUAACGAAAUCUUCUCCCAGGCAUGCAACAAUCUCCCUUUUCUGCAGUGCAUGAUGGAGAUGAAUGUUUGGUGAGCUUUUUGUUUGUCCGAUUCAUUUGUUUCCAUUCUUACUCUGUUGCUGUAUAAUUGUGUACUGUGAAAGAGCAUUUUUUUAAAUAAACAGAAAGGAUCUAACAAUA